UCGCCCAGAUUGGCAGAUGGAAACAUCAUGACAGCAUACACCUACACUACGGGGGAAUACCGCGGUGCAAAAAUUUUGGGAAUAUGGGAAACAUCAAACGGUGGCUUUUUUUCAACAAACUUUACGGUCAACGGCGUUUUGGAUCAAAUAUGUAGCAUGCAUGGAUGGUAUGGCAUACCGGUUGGGAGGCACAAACAGCAAGUCUGACUUACUUUGGACUUGAUCAUCUUUAUGAUUUUAAUCUCCUCCUGAUUUUAAUCUCCAGAUAAUGAUAUAAAAUGUUAAUUACUUUU